AGGUGGGGCUGGCUGAAGAAGCCCCUUUGGAAUGCUGGCCAUGGCUUUCUGAGCUCAGAGGGGAUAAACUCAGGGUGAAGCAGCUCCAAGGACUUCCCACACUGUGCCCGAGGUCCCAGUGGAGCAGCUCAGCGAGGAUCAUUUCAAAGACUUGGCACCUCCACACAUAAAAACCAAACAAUUUCAACAUCUGCUUGGGCUGCAUUCAGUUUUGUUGUGUUUUGCUCUGGGGCUGGAAUAAACCCCUUCCUUCUUGCUCGGGAGGAGUUAAUGAUUUAUGGGUCAACGGGCCAGCUCUGGUUGGUUUCUGCAGAAUUGGAGCUUGGUGGGGCCAGAUCUGAGCAUGUGGGUGUUACAAAACUCCUGCUUUGCCUGGGGCUGGAGCCUGGGGGGCUGGAGGAGAGCAGUCCCCGUUUCAUCCUGCAAGUGCUGAACACGCCUGGGCUCUCCCAUCUCCUGACUCCACACUUCCAGAUACUGGCUGAGGAGGGGAAUGUGGUAACAUCUGUGGGAUCUCCAGGCAGGAAUAAACAUGUCAGCCUUGGAGCUGGGGAGGCUGAGGAAUUGUGCAGCUGUCCUUGGGUCACUCCUCACUGCUGCUCUCAUUGUGACUGUCCACAGUCUCUGCGCGGCCCCGCCGCGGUCGCAGUCGGCAGAGCCCAAGGAUCAGGUGGAGGACGUUGAGAUGUUCCCCUAUGGAUUCAGGAUGGAGCUGGUCUGUCGGCCAGGCUACGGGAGAAAAGCUUACACUCCAAACGUCCUCAUCUGUGGAGCCAACGGGGUGUGGCACGGGCCAAGCGACAUCUGCAUCCCCAAGGCGUGCACCUACCCCGGGGAGCCGGCCCACGGCAGACUGCUCCUGCCCGGAUCCUUCACUUUUGGCUCCACAGUGAACUUCACCUGUGACACUGGGUACAGACUGACUGGACACUCUGAGAUUGAAUGUGUGCUUAGAAAUGAGGUUCUCACAUGGAACAGAGACAUUCCCACCUGUCAGGCGAUUCCCUGUGCACCCCCUCCAGAAAUCGCAAAUGGGCAGCACAGUGGGAUGGACAAGGAGCAUUUUGUGUACGGGGAUUCUGUCACCUACUGGUGCCACAGCCCCAGGAGGGGGCAGAGACCUUUCUCCCUGGUGGGAGAGGCCACAAUUAUCUGCACAACCACGGAUAACCUUCAUCCUGCUGGAAUGGAAUCACCUCUUGCAGGUAGGACAGGAGUUAGGGUCUCCUCUGAUGCUGACUGUGGCAGCAGGGAUGUGGGAGUGGGAUUUUACUGUGCUCACAGGGCAGGAGAUCCCUCUCACCUGCUCCUAACUGCUGAUUGCCUGUGUGCUUCCCCCGGCCCAGUGGUGACGUGUAAGCAGCCAAGAGUGGAGAAUGGGAAGCUGCUGAGCGGGUACCGACCCCACUACACCUUUGGGGACACCGUGGUGUUCGACUGUGACUUGCACUACAGCCUCAGCGGCAGCGGGGCCUCCAGCUGCAGGGACAGUGACCUCUGGGAGCCCCCCCUGCCCGUGUGCCAGCGCAGCAGCUGCGAUGAGCCCCCGGAUGUGAGGAAUGCUGUGAAAGCCAAGCUGGCUGGGAAUCUGUUCCCUGUGGACACCGUGGUCACCUAUGAGUGCCAGCAUGGCCACCAGUUCAGCGUGGGGAAAACCACCUGGAACAUCAGCUGCCUGCAGGGUUUUGUGUGGAGUGAGCCCCCUCCUCCGUGUGACAGAAUUCAUUGCCCAGAUCCACACAUCCCAAAUGGAAAGCCCUUGCACCCAUGGCAAGUGAAAGAGGGUUAUGAGUACGGAGACAGGCUGGAAGUGGCGUGCAGUGAAGGAUUUGCUUUCAGAGGCCGUGGCAGCAGCAUCACCCUCCGCUGUGGCAGCGAUGGUGGAUGGGAUCCAGCAGUGCCAGAGUGCAUUCCAGAGCCACACUGCCCAGAGCCAGACAUCCCUCAUGGAAGGGAGGUUGGUAAAAGCAGGAGUGACUACCCCGUGGGGGCCCAGGUGAGGCUGGCGUGUCAGGAGGGCUUUGCCCUCAGGGGCCAGGCGUCCAUCACCUGUGGGGCUGAUCUGAGCUGGGAGCCCGUGCUGCCCUUCUGUGACAAAGUCUGUGGGCCCCCUCCACAGAUCUCCUUUGGGUACCACUCUGGCAGAGGUGACACAGAGUUCCCUUAUGGCACCAGGGUGACUUAUGAAUGUGAAGAGGGGCUGACCCUCGUGGGGGACGAGUCCAUCUACUGCAGCUCGGAUGACGGGAAGAGCCUGGCGUGGAGUGGACCUGCCCCGGAGUGCAGGGUGAUCCGGUGCCCCAAGCCCGUGGUGGAGAGGGCAAGGAUGACCCCACAGACGUUCACCUUUCCCUACGGGCUGCUCCUGCACUUCUCCUGUGAUGAAGGCUUCAGGCUGCGCGGCGCUGCCCAGAGCCAGUGCCUGGCUGAUGGCACCUGGGGCCCUCCCCUGCCCACCUGCCAGCCAGUUAGGUGCUCCCAGCUCCCGAGGCAGGAGGACGUCGUGGUUCACUUCAACAAGCUGUGGUACGAGGUGAACGAAACGGUGUCCUUCCACUGCAAACGUGAUGGGGCAGCUUCCAAAACCACCUGCUCAGCUGAUGGCACCUGGACACCACCACCCUCGUGUAAGAAGCGUGAUGUGUGUGAGAGGAUUCUUCGAAACAAAGCAGCUUUCCAGUGUGGAAUUCCUCUGUCAGAACUGAAAACCCUGCUGGAAGUCCAGAAACUCUACCUGGAGAUCCAGAAACUUGAAAAGGAGCUAAAAAUCGCCACCUACAGCUGACUGCUGGCACUGGCAUUGUAAGAAGCAUCCUCUGUGUGCUGGAUCAUGAUGCUGGCUGAGGAUUUUUGAUGACUUUGUAAAUUGUUCUAAUGCUGAAGUGGCCAGGACAAAAUUCAUCAAUCAGCCACAGGUUUGGUCACAUGAGGAGUCGAUGAGUUGUGAGUUAAUUUUUAGGUUCAGUUUGUAGAUCACUUUAUGCCUUUUAAAGCUUCACAUUUCGAUCUGUUUGCCACGCUGGCAGGGCACAGCUAGGGAGGAAUGGAGUGGAAAAUGAAUUUUGGUGGUACAAACAGGCAUGAACGUGGUGAGAGCCACUCACUCUCCAGUCCAUCCCAGUGGGAACAUUCCCUCAUUAGUGGGAACAACCCCUUCACUGCCUAAUUACUUUUCUCAUGGCCAAGAAAACCUCAAAGCCUCUGUCCUAGCAAAGCAAAAAUGUCAGUUUUCCUUCUCAAGCAUGGGUCCAUGGCAGUGCCACGUCUGUCUGUGCCCCAAGGACAAAUAACUGUACAGAAAUAAAUGGCUGGUUUUUAAAUUCUUUUUCUGUACCAUCCAGUGAAAGGGAAGCUCUUGUGUCUUGUGUUGGGACCAGAGAUUAUAAUAAACCUGCAAUUGUAAUGACAGCUCUGUCUGGGUUUUAAUAAUCUGCCCUAUCUCUAGUAAAGGGAAGUGUUUACAUAA